UUUUUUGUUAAGUUGCAAUUUAAAUCAACUUUAUGUACUCAUAGAUGCCACCAACUUCCGAAUCAGCAACUGCUGGUAACAGCCUACGUAGUCGAGAGCGUGACAAAAUGCAUAUGGUCCAGCAGAGCAACAAAUGUUAUGAACAUCGUGAGCUGCAGGCAACGGCAAUGUCUGUCGACUAUACGGGGCAAUGGGUUUUGUUGGCGGGGCGACGCCACUUAGCACUGCAACGACUCGGACACGAUGAUGGUACACUACGAGAAUUUCAAAGGAAUUCGAAAUAUGAAGUGUCGGCAGCGGAAUUCGCUACGCUACCAAAUCGGCAGGAGUAUUGUGCUAUAGCGACAAGUGAACACAUUGACGUCGUAACAUGGGGUGCAGCAGACAUGCAGCACUACCAUUCGUUGCGCGGCCAACGUAUCGUUACCGAUAUCGAUUGGCAUAGUAGGAAUAGUAAUCUGCUGGUGAGCUGUUCAAUUGACAUUUGGGAUUUACGGGAUCCACGCAAGCCAACUUUAUCAUUGAAUGCAGUAUGCAUGUCCGGAGCAACACAAGUGGGAUUUAACCGCGUAUCAGGUAAUUUAUUGGCAGCCGCACAUGAUGGUGAUUUACGUAUUUGGGAUAUGCGCAAAGGUUCAUGCCCAGUACAUUAUAUAACCGCACAUUUAAAUAGAGUACAUGGCAUUAACUGGAGUCAUUUGCGUGAAACAUGUCUGGGUACGGCGAGUCAAGAUGGCACAGUAAAAUAUUUCGAUAUGAAUAAUCCGCGGCGCGCAGGAAAAAUAAUUACAAUGACCUCACCCGUGUGGCGAGCGCGCUUACAGCCCAUUAGCAAUGGAUUGGUUAGCAUAGUGGUGCCUGCAAUGGGACGCGGUGAGAAUAGUUUGCUAUUGUGGAGCAAUAGUAAACAAACAGAUCCGGUUUGCUCAUUUGUGGGACACACUGAUGUUAUACUUGAUUUUGAAUGGCGACCAAAUCGAGCAAACACUUCCGAGAUUCGCAGAUAUCAUUGUUUUCUAUUAUUUUGUUUGCGUGUAUGGAAGAUCGAUGACACGAUGCUCAAACUCUGCGAGCCCGAUUUCGAUGGCGAUGAAGUAUGCGACACGCCGGAUUCUUUUGCAGAAACGACUACUAAAUUUCAGCCAGCACACUCGUCGUCUUUAUAUCAGCCCACUUUAAGUUUGACACGCGCCGCAUCGCUGCCCACAGAAACAUCUGAUAACCUAACCAUACCCACUAUAUCGCGUUCGCCUCCCCCGCCGAUGCGUAAGGAAGAAACACAUAUAGCUCGUUCGCUUACUGAUCAGCCAACUUGUUCGCUGCAUCAUGAGUUCUCGCUACUUAAUAGGAAUAUGCCGCAUGUAGAGGUGGACAUAUUGGAUGCUAUAAAACGUUAUGCGGUCUUUAAGAUCUCAGCGGGCGGUCAUGUGGUGGUAUUGCAGACCAUCUUCCCAACUGAGUAUCCCAGUCCCAAUAUCGGGCCGGAAUUCACUUUUUGCGAUGGCACUACACUUCACGAACAACUAUCUACAAUUUUGCUCAAGACACUUAAAACGAACGCUUUACAACGCGAAAAAUCGCGCACAUGUUUGGAACAAUGCCUACGUGCCUUAGUGGGCGCCAUGAAGAAGUCGGUUGGUAGCGUUACAGAUAAAUCUCAACUGUUGGACAAGCGAGAUUUGCGUGCAACUUGUCGUCGCAAUCGGCAGGUAUGCGAAACAUACGGCCGUUAUGAUUUGGUGCCGAUUAGGACGCUGGCUGAGCUGAUAGCCACACCAAAUAUACCAAAUGAAACGAAAUAUGAGACGCUUUUUUAUAAAGGUCCAUUUAAGAAAUUCCUGCUUGAGGCAUUAAUAAUGCACUUUGCUGGUGCGGGUGAUUUCCAGACGGCUGUAAUGUUGGCAUGUCUCUUUCACAAAUGCCCUUCAAUGUCGGGAGAUUUUGGUGAAUUCAUGACACCGACUAGUCCCCAUGGAUUCCAACAUAACAAACUGCAGCAACUCUCGCACAACACGUCACCUUAUCAUACCGUUUUGCCAAUCGAUUAUCAUGCUUCACAUCCGAAAUGCAGUACAGCACUGGCUGUCAAUGUGCAUUUGAAGCAGUUCCGUAGCAACUCUUGGUCGGAUUCGCUAGACUGGGUGGACUCGAAGCAUUGCAACUCGGAUUCAUAUUCCUAUUCGCUAAUCAGGCGUACCAAAAUGCCACUAUACGAUCACUUCAAGAAGGUAUAUGCGGACAUAUUGUUCGGUUGGCAGUUGCUGACCAAACGUGCGCUGAUUUUAAAACACACAAUGUUUUCACAAACGCAGCCGCAUGGUGUGGAAUUUGUUACCGAGUGCCCUGGCUGCAAUAAAAUAAAGCGUACGCCCUCGUGCACUAGCUGCCAACGACCAGUUCUUUUCUGUCAGCUCUGUAACCUGCCAGUGAAAGGCGAAGCCAAUGCAUGUCUGGCUUGUGGGCAUGGUGGUCAUAUGGCCCAUAUGAUGCAGUGGUUUAAGAAACAUAACAUUUGUGCAUCCGGCUGUGGAUGUCACUGCUUGAAACAAACAGCAGCACUGUUGGAGCUUACUGGCUAACCCAUGAACCAAAAAGACAAGAUCACGCGGGCAGUAGACUAGCCCGUUAGAAUCGCAUUUAGGAAAAAAGUUGA